AUGGCCAACAUCAAAGCACAUCCCGGCGCGCCUGCGCCCAGCAACGGCGUGCUCACUGGCGCAGCGCCGCCCGGCAACCCCAGUGUCAAUCGCAAGAAGGCGAAGCGUCGCGCGAAGCUCGCCGCGAAGCAGCAACAGCAGCUGCAGCAGGAUCAGCAGCCAGUGAACCCUAGCCUGCGGAAUGGCAACGUGCCUCAUGCCCAGAGCGCCGUGCACAAUGGCCAUGUAUCCCAUCCUGAGCCUCAGCCCCCACUGGAUUACGACGACGAGCUCGACGACACGGAGCACUUCGACGGCGGUGACAAUGAGGACAUGUACUACACGGAUGACGAGGCCGCCGCCUAUGCGCAGCACUACAAUGUCGGAGUCCCGACGGCAAACGGACAUCCUGCGGAUCCGGCUUCGGCAAGCAGCAAGUCUAAGAAAAAGAAGAAGAAGAAGCGGGGAAUGCUGUCCGAUGCGCAGGCGCAACCCUACGAUAUACCGAGCGGAAGCUCUUCGGGAAUGCUUGCUCACCCAGGCGCGCAUCCGCCUCCGCCCCCUCCACCUCCGCCGUUAUCCAAUCCUGCCUUUCGCUCAAUGCGCAGCUCGACGUCUAGGGACCGUAUAUGGAACACGUCGACGCAAGAAGAACGCGAGAGGAUCAGGGAGUUUUGGCUGUCGCUUGGGGAGGAGGAGCGCAAGUCGUUGGUCAAAAUUGAGAAAGAGGCGGUCUUGCGCAAGAUGAAGGAGCAGCAGAAACAUUCGUGCAGCUGCACCGUCUGCGGCCGGAAGCGAACGGCGAUCGAGGAGGAGCUUGAGGUCUUGUACGAUGCGUACUAUGAGGAGUUGGAGCUGUACGGCGACCAGGACAACAUUCCUGAUAAUGGCGAUUCCGUGCUAACCACAGGGAGACCCUACAGCCGUAGACAAGAUCCUCGCCUCCCGCCAGACCGCAUGAUCGAUCCUAACCAGCCCUACGACUCUGGCAAUCGCGUCGAAGAGAUAGGAGACGAGGAGGACGAGGAAGACGAGCUGGACGAAGAAGAGUAUAGCGACGAGGAUGAGGAGGACUACAGUGACGAAGAGGAACCCGAGGAGCUACCCGUGAGAGGUACAGCUGCGGAUUUCUCGUUUUUUGGUAACAGUCUGACGGUUAAAGCAGGUGGAAUUCUUACAGUGGCAGACGAUUUACUGAAGAACGACGGCAAGAAGUUCAUCGAGAUGAUGGAGCAGCUGGCGGAGCGUCGGAUGCAACGAGAAGAUCAAGUUGUAGAACACGCAGGCAGUUUGGCAUAUUCAUCAUCGAUGCAGAACCAUCACGCCGGGCACAACCACGGCCCACCCCCGGACGACGAAGAGUACGACGACGAGGAUGAAGACUACGACAGUCAAGAGGACGAGUACGAGGAGGAGGAAGACGACUUGGUUAGGAUUCAACGUCUAGCUACGGGGACCAUCUCUGACAAGUACCAGGACACGAUGACGGAACAGCAACGGAUGCGGGAAGGCCGAAGAAUGUUCCAAAUCUUCGCAGCGCGAAUGUUCGAACAGCGUGUACUGUCAGCAUACCGGGAAAAGGUCGCAAACGAACGCCAGCAGAAACUUAUCGAAGAGCUCGAUGAGGAGAAUCGGCGGACGGCAGAGCGCGAGGCGAAGAAGACCAAGGAUGCUCAGAAGAAGAAAGAGAAGAAGGCUGCGCAGAAACAAAGGCAGGCCGAAGAGAAGGCUCGCAAGGAAGCGGAAAAGAAAGCUGAGGAGGAGGCUGCCAAAGCGGCGGAGGCAAAAAGGCAGGAAGAAUUGCGGAAGAAGAGAGAAGAGCAGAAGAAGAAGAGGGACGCUGAGCGAAAGGCUCAGGAGGAGGAAAAGAAACGAAAGGAUGCGGAGAAGAAGCGUAGGUUAGAGGAAGAACGGUUGAAGCAGCAGGAAGCAGAGCGCAAGGCUCAGGAACAGAGGGCCGCGGAAAAGAAGGCUCGGGAAGAGGCAAAGCGCAAGGAACGUGAGGAGCGAGAGGCCAGAGAAAGGGAGGCGAGGGAGCAGAAAGCACAUGCAGAGCAGCAGCGGAAAGAGAAGGAGGCUAGGAUCAAGGCAGAGAAAGAGGCAACUGAGCUUGCGCGUAAGGAGGAAGAGGCGGCAAAGGCCAUCCAUCAAGCGCAAACUAACAAACGCCCUUCUCAGCCAACGCCGGCUUUGCCGCCCGGUCUCAUUUCCAAGCAGUCUUCGACCGGUUUCCCAUCCCCGCAUGUCCAAGUCGCAACUCCAAACCUCCCAAAGGCCCCGACACCAUCGAAGCCUCGCCAAAGCUCUCAACAAGGCUCUCACGGAUCAUCGCCGAGGACACCCCAGGUCUUCCCUGGAACCAGCAAGUCGGUCUCGCCGAGCAACCAGCAACCGAGGACUAUUCUGCAGAAGCCCCAACCACAAGUUCAUACGUCGACAUUGCAGCAUCCACAACCGAGUUCGCCAAUGCCGCCGAUAGGGCCUCCUCCCGGUAUGCAUGCUGGCUUUGGCGGCCUGCCUCUUGGUCUGGGUGCACCCUCGCCAAUGCAGGGGGGAAUCAUGCACGGCCUGAACCAGCCUCGUGGACCCAUGUUUCCCCACCCUCCGCCGAUCGGCGCGCAGUACCCCGGUUUCGCUGCCCCGAACGGUAUGCCCGCACCACCGCCUGGUAUGAACGCACCGGGUAUGCCACUUGGUCGAGGCUUCCCGGGGAUGUCCAUGCCCCCAGGCUUUGGCCAGCCUCUGCCCGGUAUGAGUGCGGCAGGUCAGAUCCCCGGAUUCAGUGCUCCUCGUGACAUAAUGCCAUCGCAUUCGCGCCAGGCAUCUGGAUCAGGAUCAUUUGACUCGUCGAUUGGCGGGCUUCCGACUCAUCCCAUUGCCCGGCCUACCCCCAUCCAGAGGCCAUCUAGCGUCAAGCCGCAAGAACCCACUCUGGAGAACAAGAGACCAAGCAAUCACGAGGUGGACGAGCUAAGCAACCACUUGGGAAGCAGUGCUCUUCUUGACGACAGCGAUGAGCCGAUUCCUACGAGUGCGGGUGAAGUCCGUCGUCCGAGUCUAGCACCGUCGGCAAGGUCAGGUAGAAUGGGCUUUGGCACUUCUCCACUCUUCACUGACGUGGGAGCUCGUGGCAUUGAUCCUUUUGGCAUGGCGAGUGGAGGGAGCAGCACGUGGGGAACCCCAACCGUGCCAUUUGGCCCUCCUGGGAUGGGUGGUAGCACGUGGGGAUCUCCUCCUGCUGGCAGUGGCUGGCCCACUACGGUUGGCAGCUUCGGUAGCGUUGGCGCUCCACUUGGUGCUCCACACAGACAGAGUAUCUCACGCCCUGUAUCAGUUCGCUUGAUGGUGUGCCAGGCAUGCAAGCAGCUUGCGCAGAGCCAGCCCAAACCCGAUGGCUUCUAUGAUAUGCCGACCAUCAUCCGUACCAUUGAAUCUUCCGUUCGUGGUCUAACAGAUGCGCCUGUGCAAGAGCACGAGGUUAUCGAUAUCUGCGAGACUGAGGGAGAUGCGCACAAUGGGGGCGGAUUCCUUCGUAAGAAGGACGGUCCAGAUGGCACCGUUGAGGUCAAGUUUGAGCCUGACUCGGCCAAUAGCGCCGGCGGCAUUCGCAUCCCGGGACAAGGUGCGCUGCACGGCUUGGGAGAAAUCGGCAGCCCGAUCCCGAGUCACUCGACGCCCUUUGGCAUGGGCGCCAGCGCCACCCCGGCGACUGCAGCUCGCACGUCACCAUUCUCCGCCUCCGCUCUUGGAGGUGGUGUAUCAUCACCGAGCUUUUAA